AUGGCCGCGCCAGAGGCCUCUCUCCUGUGCCCGCACGAUGACCCCGCCGCAAUGCGCCCCGUGCGCGACUCGGCGGACUCCGUGAGCUCCGACGGGGGUCGCAGCCAUCCGUCCCCGCGGCCGUCCGGCCCGCCGGGCGACGGCGCCGCGCCGGGUUGCCCCGCGAUCGGCAUCCCCGUACAUGGCAUGGCGCUGACGAAUGGCGCCUACCGCAGCGGCCUGCGGCGGUACCACACGCGACGGACGAGGAGGCCGGGCCCGGAGGGGUGGCUGGAGGAGAUUCAGCGCAACUACAGGGCCAACCUUCGGCCCGCCCUGGUGCAGCUGCGGCUGAGCAGGAUAUUCAGCGGACUGAAGAUAUCUGCUGACGCGCUGCUUCCAGCGGAAUCAACACCCCACCUGGCUUUGACGAUGAGCGCCGCCAAGAAAACCAACAAAUAUGUGAAAAAGAUUGUCGUGGCUCCUGCACUUGGAAGGCUGCAAGCAUUCACUCCCUCCAUGGAGAUUGGAUGGCUUAGACUGCAGUUCGCGGUCAUGUACGAUUGGAAGAAUGGCCGCUGGGACCUUUCUUACAGGGCGAAGACAAAAUGGAGCAAGGGUUCUAAAAUCGCUCACAAAUUUCAGCACAUGAACAGUGAGAAGCUUUCGUUAAGCUCGGACUGGUCAUUGAGGCAGGAGUUCCCGCAAGUUGGAGGGUCAAUGGGUGGCCAUCAUCAACCCAAGAUGGAGCCAGACAUAGGGAAGUUCCAGCUGGACUUCAGCCGCCUGAAGGUGUCCUGCCACAUGUAA